AAUGCGUUCUACAGAAGUCGAGCUCCGAUGCCUUAGAGCUCAAAUUCUCAUGAGAAUCCUUCAACCCUACGAGUCUUGAUUCUCACCGUCUUUGCGCCUGUGGACACACCACCAUAGGACAGCGCAAUGGGCUCGUCCAUCCCGAAUCGAGGACCCGAGCUUCUCGGCGUCGACAUCGCCUUCAUGUGUUCGGCGCUCAUGGCUAAUGUUCUCAGAUGCUAUGUGCGCCUCAAGAUGGUUAAGGCAUUUGGAUUCGAUGACUGGCUUAUGGCAAUUGCUACUCUGUUCUUCGUUGCGUACUGCACGUCUUCAAUAAUCGGGGUGCACUACGGCACAGGCCGACAUCACGCCGAUCUGCCUAUCGAAGGCAUCCAGAAAGCCACACACGGCUGGUGGUUCUGCUACCUGUUCUAUUGCUGCACAAUGAUCACCUCUAAGUUAUCUAUCGGCUACUUCCUCCUACGCAUCGCUAUCAAGAAGCUUCACGCCUGGAUCAUUUACGCGGCUAUGUUUAUCUCCGUCGUGGCCGGCUCGGUUUUCUUCUUCGUCACGCUAUUCCAAUGCCAUCCAAUCUCGUACUUCUGGAACAAGACGCAGCCAGGGACCUGUAUCAGCACUGAGGUCAUCAUCGCGCUCGCUUACCUUUACAGCGCUUUCAGCAUCAUCUCGGACUUCACAUUCGCCAUUCUGCCCGCGUUUCUGGUCAUGGGUCUUCAACUAAAGCGCAGAACGAAAAUUGCUUUGGUACCUCUUCUGACCAUGGGUUGCAUUGCGAGUUCCGCAGUGGUCGUCCGGGCCCCUUUCCUGACCAGAUUUCGAUCGCCAGACUUCCUCUGGGCCACUCUCGACAUUGCCAUCUGGUCGACAGUCGAACAAGGCCUCGCAAUUACGGCUGGUAGCCUCGCCACUCUUCGCCCUCUUUUCCAACUCGCCAUGUUCAAGCUCGGAAUCUCCACGAAAACCUCUCCCACGCCAUACAACAGCCAUAUGAUGGGCAGCCGCCGCAAGCCAAGCCAGAACGACCUAGACUUGUACAAGCUCUCCUCCGCAGUCGAAGCCGGGGCCUCUAAAUCGUCUCAGCCAGAGCAGAUUGACCAGGUUGUUACGUCCCCGAAGAAAUCCAAGUCUCGGAGCUGGUACACGCCCACAUUCGGGCGGAUGAAAAACGAAUCGCCCGCGAAAGAGAAGAUGCCCACCCAGACGAGCGCCGCGGCCGAUAACGAAAGCGAGAAGAGUUUGCGUGCUGAAAGUCCGAGCGGUAGCUCGGGAGAAGAUCGCGGGAUGCAGAUCAUGGUGUCGAAGAGUUUCUUCGUCUCGAAUUCACAACGAGCUAGUACUAUUGAGAAAGAUCACCGUUGAGCUCGACCGCUUCCCGAAUUCAGCAAUACCCCGUGGAACCAGCCG